AUGCAAAUUGACCUGUCUGGACUUACUCGAGCUCACUACAAGCUUGACGAGGCCGUCCAAGCUUUUGAGCGAUCUCGAAAAGCAGACGUUAUCAAAGUGUUCAUAAAUUGUUAG